AAAUAAAAUAAAAAUUGUUAUUAAUGAAAAUAUGUAAUUAUUUUUUAAUAAAGUGUAAGUGGGCAAUUUGAGAAUAUUUCAGAAAUAAAUGCAAAACCUAACCUAAAACAUAUUAAAUUAGAAAUAUUUAAUUGAAAAAUCAGAAGAUUAGUUAAAUUUCUAGUUGAGAAAUGAAAAUUUUGUGUGGAAAAGUUUAAAUAACUUGACAGAGUGAUUUUGAUCAAAUAUUCUAAUUCGAAUUUGACAUAAUUUCGGAUCAAAUACUCGAAAAUUCCACAAGAAUUCAAUAUAAAUUGGAAACUUAUACUAGAAGAAACAAGAAGUUUUAAUUUAAAUUUAAAAUUCUCAAGUUUUUUUGUCUUAAAUUUUAAUAAAUAAUAAUUUGUUUUUGGAAUAUUUUGGAAUUAGAGCAAAAUAAAACAAGAUAUGACCCCGACGGCUGGUCAACUUUAUGGAUCACAAAUACCUACAAUGGGCAUGAAUAUUACAAACAUUGCAUCACAUAUACAAAAACCACAAGUUAAUCCGGAUCAUCCCAGUUUACGUGGUACACCGCUUGCAAUGUUAGCAGCACAAUGUAAUAAAUUGUCAAGUAAAUCACCACCACCACUAGCUGAUGCUGCUGUUGGAAAGGGAUUUCAUCCUUGGAAAAAGAGCCCAACAAAUGGUUCUAAUUCAGGUAAUAACAGUGGGCCAGGAAGUAAUGGUUCAGCUAAUAAUAAUGGUCAAAAUUCACCUUGUGCUAUUUCAUCUUCUUCACCAUUAUCCGUAUCGAAUAACGUCCAAAGAUCUUUACCAUCAACUACAAUUAAUUCAAUGUCAAAUAUUUCUGUAAGUCGACCGAUAACAUCAUCCUGUUCAGCAGCAGUUUCUACCCCAUCAUAUGGCAGUGAUUUAUAUUUUCCAAGUGCAACAGCAUCACCAACAGUGGCUGAAAAUCCACAUAUGCACCAAGGCUUUUUAGGUAAAGUUGAAGGUGCAGCAUUUGGUUCUGUUUAUUCAAGACAUCCAUACGAUUGGCCAUUUAAUGCAGUCGCAGGGCCACAUAAAACAGAAAGUGUUAAUUCUGGUUGGUGGGAUAUGCAUAGUGCUGCUGGAAGUUGGUUAGAUAUGGGUAGUGCUGCAGCAGCUGGUAUGCAUUCAACAAUGGCAAAUUAUGCUACGGCUGGUUCCGAUUAUUCAUCAUUAACACAUUCUUUAUCAAAUACGGCUCAUUUAUUAGGAUCUGGUCAACAUUUACUACAAGAUACUUAUAAGAGUAUGUUACCAGGGCAAGGUGUUGGCGGAUUCAGUUUACCUCAUGCAACAAGUCCAAAUACUCCAGGUCAAGCGGCAACCCCUAGUACACCAUCACCAAGAUCACAACGAAGAUAUGCUGGUAGAGCAACAUGUGAUUGCCCUAACUGCCAAGAGGCUGAACGACUUGGACCAGCUGGAGUUCAUUUAAGAAAGAAAAACAUUCAUUCAUGUCAUAUUCCGGGCUGUGGUAAAGUGUAUGGCAAAACAAGCCAUUUAAAGGCACAUUUAAGAUGGCAUACUGGUGAGCGACCCUUUGUAUGUAAUUGGCUUUUCUGUGGUAAACGUUUUACACGAUCUGAUGAAUUACAACGGCAUUUAAGAACGCAUACAGGAGAAAAACGCUUUGCUUGCCCAAUAUGCAAUAAACGAUUUAUGCGAAGUGAUCAUUUAGCAAAACACGUUAAAACACAUAAUGGUGGAGCAACAAACAACAACAACAAUAAUAAUAAUAAUAACAACAAUAAUAUUAAGAAAACAUCAUCAGAGUCAUGCAGUGAUUCAGAAGAAACAACAAAUCAAUCAGGUGGUAAUGUUAAUGCUGGUGGUCCCGGGAAUAACAUUGGCAUUUCCAAUGAUCAACAAUCAAUUCACCAUACAGGUCAAUCACAUCCGGGUACACCAACACAUCCUGGUAUGACACAAAUAUCCAAUCAUCAUAUGAGUGGUUCACCUUCUUUAAUGCAACAGCAGCAACAUCAUCAUCAAAUUUCACAUCUACAACAACAACAACAGCAGCAACAACAUCAUCAUAAUCAUCAUCAUGCACCUAGUCCCGGUUUAAUUGAUCAUCAUAAUAAUUUAGAUAUAAAACCACCUCAUAAUUUAGUUUGAGGCUCACUGGGACCUCUUUUAUUCUCAACACAAGUUAUGGGAAUGGGGUCCUUUAAUUAAAUUUUACAUAAAAUUGUAAAAUUUUUAAAAUUAAACGCAAACGAUAUUAUAAAAUUAUAAAAAUACAAUUUUGUUAAAUUUUUGUAGUGUAUAAAUUUUGAAAUUACUAAUUGAACACUGAAGGUGUUUGAUAAACUUAUACAUAUUUCAUUGUAAACAUAAAUUAAUUAAUUUCGUACGAUAGCCUUAUAGAGAAUGUUUUGUGAAGUAGAUAGCAAGCCUGUGCAUUAAAACGCAUGCAAUAUACAAAUGGCUAAAGUUUAAAUAAAGAAAAACAUAUGUAAGUUCUCAAUUCAGGAACUUUCUUUAGUUCACACUCUAGAUUCAAAAGCUUCUGGAACCAUCACUAAAGAGUAAUUACUUUAUAACUAUAUACACAACUCUGAAAUUUAUCGAAUUUUCGGAACUCUAAAUUUAUAAAUAAGUUAUUGUUAAAAUUUACCUUUUAU